GAAAGUCACACAGCUUCUUUCUUGUUCAGCGAGCCACUGUGAUCGUCUGUGAUGAGCUGCCUGCCACCAGUAACCUUCAUUCAGUUUGUUCUGCGUCCAGGUUCUCCUAGACUGGUAAAAAUUGGGGGCUUCGUCCGGGAAACUGCUGUCCUUGAGAGGGAAACGAGACGACUGUAGGACAGGAUGGCUGAUCUGAGCUUCAGGAGAAGACGAGAUGCUCUCAGGAUUGUACUCCUGGGGAAGACUGGAGCUGGGAAGAGUGCUACAGGAAACACCAUCCUAGAUAAAGAUGCAUUUAGAGAUGAUGCAUCAGUGACCACUGAGUGUCAGAAAGAAACAGCUGAGGUCAAUGGAAGACAGAUUACUGUGAUUGACACUCCAGGACUGUUUGAUACUGGAGUUGGAAAUGUGGAGAUCCAGAAGGAAAUCACUAAAUGCAUCUUCAUGGCGGCUCCAGGUCCACAUGUGUUUCUGCUGAUACUGAAAGUCGGACAGAGAUUCUCAGAGGAGGAAAAAGGACCUGUAGAAAUAAUCCAGAACAUGUUUGGAGAAGAGUCAGUGACCUACACCAUGCUGCUGUUCACUGGGGAAGAUCUUCCUAAAGACACAAUAUUUCAGUACUUUGGAGAUCCUGGAUCUGAUAUUAGAAAUCUGAUUGAACAGUGUGGGAACAGAUUCCACAUCUUCAACAACAAGCAGAUCAGAAACCGAAUGCAGGUCGCUGCUCUGCUGGAGAAGAUCGACUCCAUGGUGGCAGUGAAUGGAGGGAGCUGCUACACUAAUGAGAUGUUCCAGCAGGUGGAGAAAGAAAAGCAGGAGCGAGAGAAAGAAGAACUGAGAGUCAGAUAUGAAGCAGAGAUACAAAACAGAAAAAAUGAUGAAGAAAAAUUUGCAGAGCAGGAGAAAUUAAUAUUCUCCCAGCUGGAGAGACAGAGAGCAGAGUUUGAGAAACAGAUGAAGGAACUGAAACAUCUAGAAAAUGAGCUGAAGAUCCAAAUCCAAGAGGAAGUAAAAACUAAAGAAAAGCUGGUGGAGGAACUGGAGAGAAUGAGGAAGAGUGCCGAAGAGAAAUCUAAAGAGAAGGAUCUUCAGAUGAUGAAGAUGAUGGAGGAACUGGAGAGUGUAAGAAAGAGCUCUGAGGAGAAAUCUAAAGAGAAUGAGCUUCAGCUGAGGAUGGAGGUGAAAAAGAUGGAGAGAAAAAUCAGUGAAACUCUGGCAGAAAUAGAAGAGUUGAGAGCAGUCAAGAGCAAGAAAAUGGCUUCCCAAAUUGUGAAGACUACUCAAAUUCUCAGCAAAGCUGAAGACAUGAGAAACCAAACUAAGCUCAUCAUGCAGCCCUACGCCAACUGGGAGGAAUACCUGACUCCUGCACCGCUCUCCAUAGCCAUACUGGGAGAGCUGGUCUUCAUCUCCUCCAAAAAAACUGAUUUCUCCAUCAAUAAAAACCCACCCAAGGACGGCUACAAGUACAUCAAUUACCCAGAUUCAUUUCGCAACUGUCUUAUGCAAGUGUGCAACUCUGGCUGGGGGGCUUUUAAUGAAGCUCACAAGAACAUGGAUCAGAUUCGGCUCCACACCAUGAACGUCCCGAACUACAUGAAGACCACUGUGGAGAUUCUGUUCCAGGGAAAUGAUGAAGUUGUUGAAGCCCAUCUUCCUGAUCAGCUGGAGAACAUUCGUGUCAUUGCAGAUGAGUGUCUUGCUCUGGCUGGAUCAACAGAGCAGCGUUUCACUGAUGUCAUCAAUAUUAUCCAGGAGCUGCUGGAAGCAUGUGUUAAUGCUGAGCACUUUUAUGGAGAAGCGCUGGAAGAAAUUAAGAAAAAACUAGAGGAGAAGAUGGUGCGAUUCUUUCAGAUGGUGUCUAACAUCGUGAAAACCAGUCUGACCAGAACUCUCAAAAAUUUUGUCUCCACAGCUGAGAAGAUUCAAUCUGUCUCCUACGACUCAAAGCUCUUUUCCAAAGAUCUGUUCUACAAUCAAGCCUUUCAGGCCACUAACAUCGCCAGCCUCUUUCACAUGAUCUCGGCAACCUACACUGACAUCUCUGAGAAGUACCUGAUGGAUCGGGUCAGCUCACCGAGGAAACUUAUGGCCAUGGAUAAGGAAAAGCCAGAGUUUGAAGAGGACUGUCUGCAGCUGCAGAACUCCUGUUAUAAAGCUCAAGAAAGCAUUUUGUGUCUCGUCCGUAAGAAUAAGAAUGAGUUUGAAAGGAAGACCAUCGCAAGAUUAGAAAAGAUUGAUAAAGAGCUGCUGGCUAUUCUUCCUGAAGCUGCUCCAAAAGAGAUGAGGAGUAUUCAAGCAGCUGUUGAGAGUGGAUUCACAGAGGAAGAAGAAGAUGCUUAUAUCUGAGGAUUAUUUGGAAAAGGCAUCCUGAUUUGAUUCCAAAAUUACAUGGAUACUGAUGAUGAUGGCUUUUUUGCUGAGGCGUUUCACACAUUUAUUGCCAAAGUUGGCAAGAAAAAUAAUUAAUUCAUAAACAUAAUUAAUCUGUAUACAUAAACUGUUAAUGGUCCUGUUAUAUUUACAAAUGAAAAUUUGACUUUGCUUUUGUUUGCUUUUUAAUCAUGAGAAAUAAACGGCUGUGCAUGUUUAAAGAA